GAAGGCAGAGCAGUGACAACGUUGUGCGUCACGUUAUCAGUGCGUAUCUUCACCGUCGCAAUGGCAGACGCUUUGGGUAAAGUCCCCGACGCUGAAAUCGAUCCAGACGGGACAUUUAAGUAUAUUUUAGUGAGGAUAAAAGUAAAAGAUGGAACUGAACACAAAGAUAUAGUGAGAGGCACAAAAAGUGCUGGGCAGUAUCACAAUCAUAUAUUUGAGAAGGUCACCCCGGCUAUAACGGCCCUGGGACUGGAGUGCAACUGUCUUGGAGGAGGGAAGAUUGAGCACAACAGCAAAGACAAAAAACUGCGUGUGUUCGGGGAAUCAACUGGCUAUGGCAAAGCAGAUCAUACAGUGUCUGUUGAGAAGCUGAAGAGUGUCUUCAAAGACUACGAGAUCACCUGGUCCGAUAAUAAAGAAUAGAUCACCUGGUCCUGGUAAAGAAUUGAUCACCUGGUCCGAUAAUAAAGAAUAAAUGUCCUGGUAAAGAAUUGAUCACCUGGUCCGAUAAUAAAGAAUAUAUCACCUGGUCCUGGUAAAGAAUUGAUCACCUGGUCCUGGUAAAGAAUUGAUCACCUGGUCCUGGUAAAGAAUUGAUCACCUGGUCCGAUAAUAAAGAAUAUAUCACCUGGUCCUGGUAAAGAAUUGAUCACCUGGUCCGAUAAUAAAGAAUAGAUCACCUGGUCCUGGUAAAGAAUAGAUCACCUGGUCCUGGUAAAGAAUUGAUCACCUGGUCCGAUAAUAAAGAAUAGAUCACCUGGUCCUGGUAAAGAAUUGAUCACCGGGUCCUGGUAAAGAAUAGAUCACCUGGUCCUGGUAAAGAAUUGAUCACCUGGUCCUGGUAAAGAAUUGAUCACCUGGUCCUGGUAAAGAAUAGAUCACCUGGUCCUGGUAAAGAAUUGAUCACCUGGUCCUGGUAAAUAAUAGAUGGAAACUGUAGCACUUACUCCCCCCUUUUGUAUAUGUCUGCUAAUAUCUGUCAUAUGACUAUACGCCCCUGUUAACAAAACAACACGGAUGUACAAGGACACCUGCAGUCACUGCAAUGAUUAUAAAUCAUUAAAAUAAAUCAACAUCUUUUUCAGUUUA